AAUGUGUUAAAGGGAGUAUUAAAAAAAGAGAGGCAAAAAUAUAGAUUCAGAAGGAUAUAGUUUAAAAACUGAUUAAAAAUAGAAUAAUGGAAUAGAAUACAAAAAACUUUACAAUCUUUACUUGGAUGAGUGUGUUGAUUAUUAUAAUAAACAGAGGAAAUCAGAUUAUGAGAUGAAUUGGUAAUAUUCAAAAAAAGAUAGAGAACCUAUUGGGGAAUUAUAAGUAGUUUUGAAUGGUAAAGUUAUAACAAUUUUGAAACAAUAAAUAAAAACAAAUGGGAAGAGAUAAAAUAGAAAAAAUAGUGAUUAAGAGAUUUAUGCAAUGAGUAAUAGUAUUUCAGGACCAAAAUUUAAUGAUAUACCAUGUCCAUAGUUUCUAAAUAUCUGAGUAUAUUAAAUCAUAAAAAAUAUAGAAAUAAUAAAUCUUUAAGUAAAG